AUGCUGAGCCUACCAGAUUUUACCAACUCGCGGACAAAGAGCAUCAUACAUGGAUUCCAGGCAUUCAUAAUAUUCCUAGCAUGGGCGAUGACAAUUGCAGUGUUCACUCAGGCAGGCAAGACCGAUGGCAGGACAGUGUACUACUUCAUCCUGUGCUGGGUCAGCAUCCCCGGGCUCAUAUACCUGACGGCAGUGCCCAUGUGGCCGCGUCUUAGGAAAUUCGGAAACGUCUUUGCCUUUGCGUUCGUCGACGGCCUCUUCACUUUGCUCUGGUUUGCGGCCUGGAUAGCUACGGCAACAUAUGUCGGGACGGGUGUAGCUCAGGGUGAGAAAGACAAAGACAACGAUAAGAACAAGGACGACAAGGACAAGGGCAAGAAGUCCGGAUGUGAUGUCUUCGCCUUUGGAAGUCCGACCAAGUGCAGACUAAGCACUGGAACAACUAUCCUGGCUGUGUUUGUCUUUAUAAUCUUCAUUGGCACCACCCUGAUCUCCCUACGAAGCGUGAUGGAAUACCGCCGGACAGGAACGAUGCCCUAUGACGGCUCGGACCCUACCUUUGCAGCCCACGCUCAAGCAGCGUUCUCCUCAAACGCAGCACCACACGACUUCGACGACGACGACGACAGAGACGCCGAAUCCCGAACGGGCCGGUACCACGGCGGACCUCCAUCCCGCCAAAAUGACGAGGACGCCUACGCUCUCCUGCAUAACAGCGAGGUAGACGAUUUGGGUCCCCACGGCAGCCAUCGUCCUCCGCCCUCUUACGAUCCCACUGCUUCCAAUGUUAGCAGCCUACCACCUAGAUUAAGUCCUAUCCCACCAGCAGGCAGUUCGUUGAGUGAUUAUGACACCAGCUACGGAGGAGCAUACGGUGGGCACCGAUCAGAAGUAUCCGGCGACUACUCCUAUAACCGAUAA